GGUCGUGGAAUUUCACUUCCUGUAUCUUUCAGGUGAGUCACCUGGGCAAUGUCGUCGAUCGCGCAGGUUUGUGUCGACAUCAAACCGGUGAAUCUCUCGUGAAACUUUCGGAGCUCUGUCGGGGGACACUUUGUGGAAGUUUUGAACCAUUUGCGGAUGCGCAGCUGGAAUUAGUUUCACAUGAUUUGACUGGUUUGUGAGAAGAAGGAACGUGUUGUUUUGCCUCUCUGCGGCCUAAACACACAGGAAAAAGUUGACUUAAAUAAUAAUCGAUAUAUAUAUAUAUAUAUUUUUUAAUUCCCUUCUGACUUUACUAUCGUUACAGGUGGAUUUUUAUUCCUGUGCAAAUACUGCAAAAAUGAAUUCACUCCUUAAAAGACAAUUGGGCGCGUCUGCGCUCCUGCUGCUGGUGCUUCUACUAAACACCGCUUUUGGCCAGGACACUGGUGAGGUGUGCUUUGAUCGGUUCAAUAAAGGACGGGAGGAUUUUAUCCUCGAUACAGAUGAAUCUGUGAAUGGCGGAGCGACGUUCAUUUCGUCGCCGAAAUUGAGUCGAUACAGGGACUGCGUGAACGCCUGCUGCAAGGAGAAAAAGUGCAAUGUCGCCUUAAUGGAGAAAGGAGCCGAGGAAGGCUUGGUCAACUCCUGCUUUCUGUUUGACUGUCUGUACAAAAAGCAAUACGUGUGCCGCUUUGUCAGGAAGAAAGGAUUCAUUAAUUACAUCCUGGACACCGUUUAUGACAGUUAUCUGAAAGUGGAUACUCCUCCAAAUGAAUCUGACCAACCACCUGUGGCCAACGGAGGCCAGGACCGGGUGAUCCAGCCUCACGAUAGCGUGCUUCUGAGCGGGAUACAAAGCAAAGAUGAUAAUAAGAUUGUCUCCUACAAUUGGCAAAUGAUCACUUUAUAUCCUGGUGCUAUCAUUGAGAAAACUAACUUUGAUGAUCAGAUUGAGGUUUCCAAUCUGACAUCUGGGAAGUACAAGUUCCAGCUGACCGUCACAGACACCAUUGGCCAGUCAGACUCAACCGAAGUUGCCGUCUUGGUCCUUACACCUGAGCAGUCUGAGCAUCACUGUAUGGCUCCAAAGAAGUCUGGGCCAUGUCGCGGUUCUUUUCCCCGCUGGCAUUACAAUGCUGCCUCAGAGAAGUGUGAGGAGUUCUCGUUUGGGGGCUGCAGGGAGAAUCUCAACAACUAUCUCUCCAAUAUUGAAUGUGAAAAAGCCUGCUCUUCCUUAGAGAAAAACGCUAUAUCCGGUAGAGGUUUGCCAGUUCCCACGCCUGGCGGAGAAAAAUGUGGUGCUCCUUGCACCAUUGAUCAAUUCACCUGCGCAAAUGGCUGCUGUCUGGAUCCGGGCCUGGAGUGUGACUCAAAACAACAAUGUAGCGACGGAUCUGAUGAGCAGAAUUGCAAAGACUUGGAGAUCAACUUUGAUGGUCUGCUGAAGAUCCCAUUGAAUGAACAAAAAGUGCGCUGCACAGAGAUUCCUGACACGGGAAGCUGCAGGGACAGUAUCACCAAGUGGUACUACAACCCCGUCUCCAAGUCAUGCAACCGCUUCAACUAUGGCGGCUGCCUAGGGAAUGAGAACAGAUUUGACAAUGAGGCGUCCUGUAUGAAACUUUGUAAAGGGGUAACAGAAGAGGACGUGUUUGCAAGAAGAAAGGAAUUUGAAAAGAGAGUGUCCGAAAGCCAGACAGGUAUUAUAGCAAUAGCUGCCGUUCUGGGUCUAGCUAUCCUUAUCCUACUAGGCGUCCUGCUGUACUGCUGCAUGAAGGCAAAGAAGAAGUCUUCACAACACCAACGGGUGCCUGUCAACACUGUCCCGGUCACCUUUGAGGACAGAGAGCGUCUGGUCUACAACAGCACAACCAAGCCCAUCUGAUCCCUCAGUCCUCACCUUUGACACCUGUCCAGGUGAAUGAUGCUGAUUGCUGGAACUCUUUUUGUACCAUUGAGCAAACUCAGAUUGAGGAGAAAGGAAACUGUAACGUGAUGUCUACUGAUUUGACUUUUAGCUUGUUUUUAAUGCAGUGCUCUGUUAAAAUGAGUUGUUGGAAGUCAGUUUGUUCUCAGGUUAAAAGGGAAGGAGUUUUUUUUUUUUUAGUGUGGAGGUGAAUUACCACUAGAUAUCUUCCCAUGAGACCAGUUAAACUUUGUAAAUAUUUUCUACUUCACUGUUCUUCCUUCUAUUACGUGAUUAGACAUUUGUAGUGAACAGCUCUUUUUUAAAUAAAGUGAGUUUUGAUGUCUUACUCUUAUCAGUAGGUCCACGUUGAUGUAUUACUUCAAAGUAAGAGUCUAAAUUCCCGUCUCGCUCCUUAAAACUGAACUCUGGGAACAUUUGUGGAUAUGUAAUGUAGUAUGGUGAUCCCGUCAACUUCUUGAACUCCUGCCACACCAGCGUCUUCUCUGUAAGAUUAAAUUCUAUCCUGUUUAUAUUGUUACAUUGAAUUAUGCAUACAUGCUUAAUGUACAUAACCUUAAAAUUUUGAGAAAGUAAUAUUUUACAUUAGUUUUUUUUUGGUCAGUGAAUUUUUAAGUGUUUUUAGGACAAACAUGCAUACAUUAAUGUGUUAGAAUGCACCGUUGUUGAUGAAUCUUAUUGAUCUUUGUACAUAUCUCCUGAACCUGUAGUGUGCUGUAACUUUGGCAGUUAUCACAGUGUUUAUACAGAAUAAAAAUAUUAACUCAAGAA